AUGACGUUUAAGGACCAAUCGAGAAAGGCCUCCAACCCGCGCAGUUGUUUGGAGUUGGCUUUGGAGGCGGAGCGCCUGUGUAAGACCACAAAGGACUACCAGACAGCGAUACGCCUCUUUCGACAAGCUCUUUCAGUCGGCACGGACGAUAUUGCCGUUCUCUCGGCUGUCUACAGUCAGCUGGGGAAUGCCUACUUUUAUGAACACGAUUUCCUCAAUGCCUUGGAGUUCCAUCGAUGGGAUCUUUCUCUGUCAAGGUGGGUCCGGUUUAUCGAAUGCGAUUUUCUGCUGCAAUCGUAA